AUGGCACCACUUCAUGCACCAGUAAUUCAGCAAUGUGAUUAUUCCCAAAUGCUCGGAGUAAUAGGUGACCGCACUUGAGAAUCGCCCAAAAAACUAAUAAUAUAUAUUCAAUUAAUUCAGACUAUGUCACUACUCACUACACUGACUACAGUAGUACAGUUUAAGUAAAUCUGCCAAUAUAUUAAUUUUAUGAUUGAUAUUAUGUUGUCACUUUCAUGCUAUAAAUACAGUACCUGUAGCUUUGAUAAGCUAGUGUGAGCGAACACAACCAAACAACAAUAAAAAGCAACUUAUUAUCUUAUAUAGUUAUAUUCUGCGGUUUUUGGAAGCUAGGAAUCUUUCCGCUGCAGCUUGCAAGUGAGCAAUGUUUAUGUUUCCAUGGACAUGGUAUUUUAUUCUCAGCAGCUUGUCUAACCGAUCUAUGGUUAGUUGGUUUCGCAGUUGUGUUUUUAUGCGAUUCUGCAUGCUAAACACCCUUUCUGCUUCUGCAUUUCCAACCAUUACACACAAGCAAGUUGCCAUAGUUGAAAACUAGGCGAGUCUAUUUUCUGGAUGGUCAAUAAAAUUUGCGUAGGUGUCACUAGCGGCGCAUGUUUACAAAAUUACAUAUUACUAGCCGUUUCACUCAGCGAACAAAACGCAAAUACAUAAUUUAACAUUAUAUUUUAUUGUAAGGUACUCUACAGCUUUUACCUAGCCGUCCAAAAGGCGUCACCAUGAUAGCGAACCGUCCAAAAGCCGUCUUUCUUAGAAGGCCGUCCAAAUUUGAAAAUGGCCGUCCAAAAGACGGCUGGACGGUAGGCUGGCUAAGACCCUGAGCAACAUGUGGAAAACGAAACGACCAAUUCUUUUGAGCAUGCUCAGUGCCGACUUCCAGUGCUAAGAAAAUAACCGGACCAGCCAAAUCUUUCAGAACUACACAGCUCUAGUGUCUAUAAUGAUUUGUGUCUAAAUAAAGACAAUCUUAGCAUAUAUUUUGUAAAAAACAUCAAGCCACUAUUAAAUGUAACUUAAUGCACCCUACUUUAUCUUACAAUACUUAGCCUUACAACAGAUGAUUUUACCCAUCAAGGGAAAAUUGUUAAUGGGUUAACACUAUUUUUGUGCUGUUUCCAGGUUGAGCUGAUCAGAAGAGUUAACAAGCUUUGGACCAAUGACAAUAUUCACAUUUUUAAAACUAUAAACAUACCAGUCAAACUAACAUUUGACAAUGGAGAGAGCACUCUGAAUAAUGAUAUUCCAGGGACAUCUAGGGAUACCAAACUGCACAGACCUCAGGAAUGUGAUAGCGAAGAAAGUGUGGACUCUGGGGUACAUGAGGUGAACCAUGGUGAUAUUAGCAUUGAUAUAGAAGGGCAUUCAAGGAUUGCAUCUGAGGGCUCUAGGACAAACAAGGGUGCGUCAAGUAACUCAGAAGAUUCACUGAAUUCGUUUUUAAAAAAGUUGGAUAGUGAGAUGAAAGCAUCCAUUCAAAAGGCAAAGAAACAAAGGUACGAUGCAGGGUUUAAGAUUUUGGGGGUUUUCCUAAAUUUCAGGGUGUGUACUUGCCAAGUGCCCAGAAUAGCAAAUACAUGGUGCCUGUUAUGCCUGCCAACAAUAGACUAUGUCUGCAGUUAUUUCUAACCGAACUACCUGACAGAUACUGUACAAGGAGAACUUCAACGCUUUGAGCGAAGGCCCUAUAAUUUUAUUAUAUGCAAAAUUUGCGUUUUCAAAUGACGCCAAACAGCCACGAUAUAACAGCUUUGACUCAUCGGGUGCGUGAUAUUUUCAAUCAAGUGCGAGGUCAGUGAUCAGUAGCCUGUGAAAUGUCCGCUUUAAGAAUUGAAAAUGCAUAUUACUUAUUACUAUUAGCAUUGAUUACUGCACCGAAUGAAUCAUGUGUGAUAUUUUUGACUGGGAAAUUGUUUCAAAACAUUUUAUUCAACUGCAAAUUUGAAACAAUGGUCGUCCUAUCUCACCAGAUAAACAAUGUCCAAUGAUGUUAGUUUUUGUACCUCGCUCUAACCUUAAUUUACGGAUUUUACCACAGAGUUAACACAUUGAGCGUUUUUGUCCUUCUGAAAUAACUCCAAUCAGCGCUUGAAAAAGCUUGAUAUGACGUUUAAAUAUACAAACGUGAUGUCGAUAAUACCGAAAAUUAUCGAUAAUACAGAAAAUUAUUGAUAUUCCGAUAUAUCGAAAAUUUCAAUAUUGAGUAAUGGGUAUUUAAAAAAAACCCGAUAAUUAUCAGUAUAUCCAGGGACGCCGGAACUGGGGGGGGCAGAAGUGCCUUUUAGUUGUAAAAUACUACGUGAUAAAUCACAUUUCCAGUGAUGCUUUUUCUGGGAAAAUCAUGAGAUUCAGGUAAUUUAUAGGCCCAGAGAAAGUAAAUUAACAAAAAUAAUUGUGAAUUUGGUAAAGAAUGAGUUUAUAAUUUACAAAAGUUUUAGAAAAUUUUUGGAAUUUAGAAAAAAUUUUUAACUUAACGGAAAAUUUUGGUAUGUCGGGAAAAAAUUUUUGACCCCUAAAAUGGUACACUGGGGGGGAGGUUGCCCAAAAAAUUUCCAUGAAAAAAAAAAUUUCCGGUAGAUUUUGAACUUUUGCUCUAUAGAGGUGCCCUUGGUGUGCAUCCGCCCCCCUUUGCCUUAUUAUCGUUCCGGCAUCCCUGAGUAUAUCGAUAAACUGCAACAGCCUAGUUUGGCAAAGGGCCUUUGCUCGAAACGACCAAGUUCUCCUUGUAUUUUUCAGGUAGUUGCAUCCCUAUCUUCACAGGGAGAUCCCCACCCCCUCGGUAUGUGGUAUCUUUGGAACUGCAAUAGCCCCCCACACUUACUUCUUUCAAAAACCAGGUUUUACUCCAAAUGUAACUGGGAAUCCUGAGCAUGAGAAUAUAAAUGGAAUUGGGUAGUAAUGAGAAUAAUGUAUGUGUUAUGUACUGUAUACAGUAACAUGGCCGGAUUUUGAGGGGAGGUGCGCACCUCCCCUGAGAUCGUUUUGCACCUCCGCUGAGAAUUUUUGCACCUCCCCUGAAACAUCAUGCACCUCCCCUAAGUCCCCUUGGGAAAGUUUCAAUGAUAGAUCAAAGUGAAACUUUGACAUUUUAGAGUCUACACUUUUUUCACACAAGUUUUUCUGUAAAAUUGAAACAGUUAUGGCUAUUUAUCUCUGAAAGAAACUUUGUAGUAAUUGUAAUGAAGGGCAAAAAUGGAUGAGUUGUACAGUCAUAAGUCAUUAAUACACUGAUACAUAUGACUUGUAUACUACAUGCAUACGUCACGUCGUUGACCAAUGACUUUGGCCCGUUCUAGCCCUAACUUUCCAUGGGGAUCAUUAGCUAGACCGCUGCACCUCCCCUAAUUUUUUUCCACCGCCCCCACUCCAGGUGAUCUUGAUUCGCGGAAAAGUACUGGCACUAGUUGUCAAAUAGAAAUCCAUUUUAUGAUUAAAACAACUGAAUAUCUCCUGUAAUAUACUUUAUUUCGAUUCCAAAUUUUUGUCAGAGCUAUAGUUCUCAUAACCAAACAUAAUUACAAAAUUUCAACUAGUUUCAUAAAGAAUAACGAAAGAUAUAAUUGACUGAAUACAUCAAAAUGGAUUUCUAUUCGGACAACCCUUUCUGAGCGCUGAUUGGCUAAAAUACGAACACGAGAUCACCUGGCUAUUUCAACCAAAAUCCGGCCUUGCUGUAUAAGCUACUAAUAUAUAUCAGAUCAUGUUUUAAUGUUGUUUUUCAGAAGAGACAAUGUGCCAGCAUUGAUCAGCAGCCUAGAAGCCAGCCAUGAAAAAGAAAGAUCGAAAAGACACAAACAAACGGACAGUAAUCAUGUGAGAUUAAAAAAUAACCGUGUGGCACGAACCAGAACGCAGACGUCUUCACAAAGUGACAGUGGUUCGCUCGACGAGUUAUUUGAAUUAUAA